AUGCUGCGUGUACUUUUUUUGAUCACCGUGUUGGUAAGUGUGACAAAAGCGUUUCUUCCUCCAGUCCCUUGUCCUGAAGUUUUCACCUACAAGCUCGAAAGAGGUGAAUAUUACGGUGAAAUAAGGAUUCCCUAUGAUGGAAGUCACAAUUUUAAGGUUGAAGCAAAGUUUUCAGUGGUUGGCACAUACAAAAACUUGAAUCCUGGCAUACACCGGUUGACAUCCUCCGACCAACUACGCCAAAAUGCACCAAAUGUACAUUUCAAAAUCGACUUCCCACGUCUCCCCUAUAUUCCAAGAAUCACCAAUGUUGUGUUUAAUGAACAGAUUUUCUGUUCGGGACCCUCGGAAAUAGUGACUUCGAGAGGUGUCACAAAUUUUGGAGUCGGUUUGACCUACCAAUCCUCCUAAUUAGUAUCUUCCACGAAUGUAAAAAUGAAAUUUAAUAAAAAUGUUGUAUUUUAA